UUAAAAAAACAUAUCACAAAAUCCUAAUUCUAUUCUCCUAUCAUUUGCUCUCAAACUCGCAUCAACCCUCAACUCAAGCCUCCACGACUACCCGUGCUCCACCCACUCAAACCCUCAUUGCCGUCGCCAACCUUGCUUUCUCUCCAUCGCCGCUGCUGCCACUGCCGUCGCCCUUGCUGCAGCCGUCGCAGCCCUAGCUGCAGUCGCCUCCACCCUUGCUGCCAUCGUUAUCGCUGCUGCCCUCUUCUCAGCCGUCUGCUCCAGCCUUUGAAGUUUGUUUGAACAGGGGUUUGAAGUUGGAAUCUAUACUAGGCCAAUUGCUAUUUAAUGAGAUAUGGAUGGACCCUUAGCAUUUUUAUUUUUUGAUGCUCUUUUUAAGUUGAUACAAAUUUGUGAUUUGUUUAGUAUUGUUUUUUUUUUCACUGUUGGUAUUUUUUGCUACAAAUUUGGAUUUUUUUAUUUUAUUUUGCUAUAUUUGAUAUUGCCAUAAUUUCUUGCUAUAAUUUUAGAUGUUGAUUAAUAUAAUUUUUGAAAAAUGCUUAACAAGCUCGAACUUGAAUUGUGCUUAAAGAACUCGAACUCGAGCUCAAAUUGUGCUUAACGAGCUUGUUCUCAAUAUAGGCUUAACAAGCUCGAACUGAACUCGAGCUAUUCAUGAGCUUUAUUAUUUUCACAGGAGCUGAGCUCGAGCCUCUGCUAAAAUUAAAUGAACUGAGCCUGAACAAGUUGAAUUUCGGCUCGGCUCGGUUCGAUUACAGCCCACAAUCCUAAAUGAGAGUCGUUUCAGUCAAUUUAGUCUGUUUAAUGUUUAUCUGAUAGAUCUCAAACCAACGGCAGUGGCAGUGAAGAAAAAGAAGAGAAAACGGAAAAAAGAAAUAAGAGGUAAAAAUAUGCAGCAGAGAAAAUCAGGGAGGCCAUCUGGCACCGACGGCUAUGAUUUCUCGUAUCGGAUGGUCGUUGAUUCCCGCUAUACUAAGGUAGCUAAAGGGAAGUCUCGUCUCUGUACAUUGAUUCUAACUCAGGCUGUAAUUCAGUUGAUAGGGCUUCUAUGCAUUGUAUUAUCAAUAUCAAAUGAGAAGGGCGCGAAUAGACUUGCCAUCUUAUCUUCUGUCAUUGGGUUCUUUUCUCUUCUAACUGGGGAAUUAGGCCGUAGACGCAGUAGAGUUAGUUUCUUGAGAGUUUACAUUAUCACAUCCUUUAUUGCAUUACUUCUCUCCAUAUUUUGUGCUACUGCCAGCAAUUCUACUUUAGAAGUUAUUCAGAAUCUGAGUCACUGGGAAAAAAACAAGUUUGAACUUGUUGAAACUCUUCUUCUUAUACUUGGAUCAUUGUUGCAAUUAUUUACAAUCAGCACUGUAAUUUCCUUAAUCGGUAAUAUGUCCCCUCCCAAGAAAGCUUCUUAGCAAUUUACUUUAAUAUCAGCUUUACUCCCCAGGAUAGAGAGUAACAGAUCAAUCUUUUGCCUUUCCAUACUGUUUCGAGCUGCUUUAUAUCUUUUCACGCGGUGAAGAAUUUAUGGAUUUAAGGAUGAGUUUGAUUUCUGAAAUGGUGAAAUGCCACCGGUAUUACUAUCUUCAACUGUGAAGUACUUAAUGCUAUAAAAUUUUGGUUAUCAUAGCAAGAAUAGACAAAUCAUUGGCUGGUUAAUAUGGAUGUUUUUCUUUUUCUUA